AACGCCGUCAUUUUUGAAGGCUGCAGCGGUGGUUUUGAUUGUUGGCUUCCUUCAGGCGCUUCGCUUUUGUGAGAGAAAUAUUCUUGUUGAAUUUGUCAUUUUUUCCGCGUUCGUUCCGUGUUCGGCCAUUUCCGAGUUGCCCACUUGCCGCCGCCCAGCAUGGAGAACCCAGAGGAAGUGCUGCAGCUGCUCGAGCGGUUCACGAAGCUAAAGCAGAAGGAGAUUCCGCGCGAGCUGGACGAUUACCUGGGCUUCGUGGCCCGCACCGGGGACACGGUUUACCGGUGGGCCAUCGUGAAGCACCUCUUCCGGGAGAAGCUGGUCCACGUCAUAACGGACUUUCACGACAACACGCCGAGCAUCGCCGAUCUUCCGCAGUGUCCGAAUGUGGACCCGUUCAACUACGAGCGGAUGAAACGGAUCCUGCUGGAUCGGCUGGACGCGUUCAACUCGGCUCCGUUCACGGUUCAGCGAAUCUGUGAGCUGUUGACUGAGCCCCGCAAGCAGUACACCAGAAUCGACAAGUACAUGCGGGCCGUCGAGAAGAAUAUUUUGGUGGUCAGCACGCAGGAACCGGGAAGACGGCGCUCGGAAAGCGAGAACGGCGACUCGCUGGACUCGAUCGUCAACGGGGAUCUCGAGGUCAACGUGGACAUUGAGAUGGACAACGAAGCGUUCGGCAUUGAUUCGGGCGGUGAAAUUGUUCCGGCGGCGGCUGCAGCACCGGUGGUGACUGCGGAACCGGCUGAGCCGUCACCGGUUUCGGAAGAGGAGCCAGCGAGGGGCGUGGUUGGGGUGACGGAAGAACCAGAAGUCUCCAAAGAGGCUGUUGAUGAGGUAGCGGCGACGCCGGCGACGGAACCGGCUAUCGCGGACAAAGAGGAAGAAAGCAAGGAAGGACCAGGCGAAGAACCACUUACGGUGAAUCCCUCAGCUGAAGACGGCCAGCCCGAGGCAGACAUCCCAAAGGAAGACCCUAAGCUAGCAGAAGAGAUUAACGAACCUGCGGAGCCACUUGUCCCACAACUCAUUGAAGAACCGUCGACUGCUGAAGAUUUGCCAGUCCCGGAGGUGCAACCACCAUUGAUCCCAACCGAAACCGAUUCCACUAACGAUCCUUCACCUGUCGAGGAAUCUCACGACAAGGAUCUACUGGACGGUUCCGCCAGUGUCGAAUCCAAAGUUGAAGCCACCAGCGAUCCCGCUGACGACGGACAACCAGCACCGAAGCUGGCCAAACUGUCUGACGAACCCGUAGUCGUUGAACCCGCCGUUGAAGAAGCACCGCAAACCUCCGCCGUUGUGACCGAUUCCUUGGUUGAGGCGGAAAAGGACGAUGUCAGCUCGGGUUCGACGACGGAUUCCGGCGGAAGCAGCGCCGCCAGCGUUGAAUCGGAACCAACUGUCUCGACGACGACGACGACGACCAGCAGCAGCACGGAUAGUUCAACGCCGGUCGAACCCGAAUCUGCUGAACGAGUGGCACCAGAGGAGCCGGUUCCCACCGUUGAGUCUCUUCCGGAGCCAGAGAAGGAGCAACCAAUUCCUUGCGAGCCGGUCAGCGAAGUGGUUCCGACGCCAGAGGUCUCACCAAGUGUAGCACCGGUGGCGGAACCGGAACCUACCCCAGUGGAAACCGAACCGACGGUGAAGGAAUCGAUUGAAGAACCCGCAGUCGGAGUGGAAAUGGAGACGGCGGCGGUGGUUCCAGAAAACGUGAUGGCCACCGACGAAGAAGACACGAUUCAAAGCCCGGUGGAUGCGGUCGUGCCGAUGGCCGCCGACGUGCCGGAAGCGGUCAAACCCGACGACAACGCGAUGGACGUGGACGAGUCGAGCGUAGAACCAAUGGAUCAGUAGAAAACACACACAAACAAAUAUACAAAUACACACACACACACACAGUAGAUGUAGUGCUCUUAAUGUUACUUAGAUUUAGAACCGCUGCAGCUAAUCCGGACACUGAGACAAACGCAAAGAAAAAUUGUAUGAGAAAACCUGCUGUAAGUAUUUUACUGAAACAAGACCCGUAAACAUUUAGACUUAGCUGUACAUGCGCGUUGAACAAUAAAUGCCAACCUGACGGAACA